AUGAGGAAUUUCGCUACCGUUGCGGCUUUUGUUGCUGGUGCUAACGCACUUGUUCCCCGUGACACCAGUUGCUGCUUCCACAUCUCAGCAUCUGGUGAGACCUCUGGCCAGGUCGGUCAGCUUGGUGAUGGACAGAACCGCAUCGGCGGCAAUACCCCUCAAGGCCAGUUCUGUAUCGACUCAGAUGGCUCCAUCACUGAUGGCAGCGGACGUGGCUGCAUCUUGACUCCUCCCACAACACAGUUCCAGUGUGACCUGGGCGCGAGCCCUACCCCAGGAUUCUCUGUCAACACAAACGGCCAGCUCGAGUACAACGGACAAACCAACUUCGUUGCCUGUGAAACUGGUGAGAAUGGUGGCCUGAACAUCUACACCUCGCCCAACAGCGGAGACGUCACCGGCUGCGUCAGUGUGCAACUGAACGCCGAUUCUUGCGCGGGAUCGGGUGCCGGCUCCGGUUCUAGCUCUGUCCCGGUCCAGCCCUCGUCUUCCGCUCCUGCACCUAGCUCUAGUGUCCCGGUGAUCUCACCCUCGCCUAGUGUUCCUGGCGGUGGUGGACAAGGCCCCGGCGAAGGCACUACUACUGUUCCUGGCUCUACUGCUACCGUUCCCAUUGUCUCCCCCUCGCCUAGCGGUCCCGCCGGUGGUGGUGGUGGUGUAGGCCCUAGCGGCCCUGCUGGCGGAGGUCAAACCCCUACCGGCCCUGCUGGUGGAGGCCAAAUCCCUACUGGUCCUGCUGGCGGAGGCCAAAUCCCUACCGGCCCCGCCGGUGGUGGUGGUUCGGCUGCCAACCUGGUGUCCCUGGUGGAGGUGAAACACCUACUGGUCCUGCUGGUGGUGGACAGACCCCUACUGGUCCUGCUGGCGGAGGUGAAACCCCUACUGGUCCUGCUGGUGGUGGACAGACCUCUACUGGUCCUGCUGGUGGUGGUCAGACCCCUACUGGUCCUGCUGGCGGUGACCCCUACUGGUCCUGCUGGCGGUGGUGAAACCCCUACUGGUCCUGCUGGUGGUGGACAGACUCCUACUGGUCCUGCUGGUGGUGGACAGACCCCUACUAGUCCUGCUGGCGGAGGUGAAACCCCAACUGGUCCUGCUGGUGGUGGACAGACCCCUUCCGGUACCCAGCCCGGCGGAAGCUGCCCUACGGACCUUUCGGGCAACUACGAGUACCCCCAUUUGAUCGUCCCCAUUGACUCUUCCUCGCCAGACCAAGCCGCAGGUACCUCUUUCAACGGAACUGUGUCGUCGUCCGUGUCGACUAUCUUCAACUUCGACAUUCCCCAAUCGGAUGCUGGAAAGACUUGUAGCCUUGUCUUCCUCUUCCCUAAGAAGGAGGAUCUCGAGACUUCGUCCUACAGCUUCAGCGGAGACGGAAAGGUUCAAUUUGGAGCCGUAACCUCGCCGGCCACCCAGCAGACCACCUACAACACCGCUCCGGCUAUUGGCCAGAACUACGGUGAAUUCACUAUCUCCCCCGGCAACUCCUAUGUCAUCAGCACCACCGAGUGCCCUGCUGGCCAGACUGUCGGCUUCGAGAUGUCGAACGCUGGAAGCACGGAACUCGACUUCUUCGAGGACUACAACCCUUCGCCUCUUGGUCUGUACAUCACCGUCUGCUAG